UUGAGUUUGUGUUUUUGGGAUAUAGACUCCAUCUUUAUAUGCCUGAUGUCCCUCAUCUAAUUAAGGGAUAUGAGAUUAUAACAUAAUACCCGAUCGAGGGGAUCAUAAUCAUAUGAUUGAUUGAUUGAUUGAUUGAUUUUGUAAUUACAGACAGAGAAUUUGGAUAAUGGUGUGGCAGUACCCACCGACGGCGAAGCAGCUGGCGUGGACGGGGUGUUGGUUCGCGGCGGGGCUGGCUCUGAUCGCAGUCGGAGUUCAUCUCUCUUACGCCAAUGUCGAGCCGCAGCGCGCACGGGCCAAGGCGCGAGCCGAUUUCGUCAGGGACUAUAUCCGAAGGAAACUUGGGGAUUAACUAUUGAUCCCUUGAAAAUAUAUUUAAUUUUAGAGUUUUGUAACUGUUUUAUUUUAUUUUUACAGAUGUCUUCCUCUUGUCUUUUAGAUAUUGUAAUGAAUGGAUUGGUUUGAGUUUUUA